AUGUCUCCUUCAAGUACAAAGGUUGCCGCUGGUGGCUCCUUUCACACCUUCCAGGGCAUCAUUCCCAAAAAGCAGCCCGCUGCUUCCAGCAGUGCAAGACCCAGAGUCGCCGGCACUCGGCGUAUAACAACUCCCCAUGCCUGUACCGAGUGCAAACGAAGAAAGAUCCGGUGCGAUGGCAAGCUGCCAUGCGGCCAAUGCAUCACCAGCCGAGCUCCAAAGAGCUGCUCUUACGAUAAACAUCGCCAGCGAAUGAUUCCGUCCAGAAAGGCUCUGGAUAGCUUGGCACAAUCUCUCGAGGAAUGUCGGUCAGUGCUUCGGCGCCUUUACCCAAACCAUGACGUUUCUGCCCUGCGGACCAUGGACAAACAGGAACUUAUCAACCUCCUGGCUCAAUCACAAUGUACACUUGGAGAUCCUCUUCCAUCACCACCUCUCGAAUCAUCAUUCCCCAAGCCAGACACAUCCCUGGUCCCAUCAGACUCUCUCCUGGAACUUCAGUCUUCUCUCGAGGCUGACCUCGACUCGCUCAUUGGAGAGCUCGAAUUUGAGAUACCCACCGAACAGCUUGAAACCAAUGAUGGAUCCGGCUAUCUCACACAACAAACCUGGUGGGACUAUAGCUCACGGCAAUGGAGCUCGGCGCCUGUGCCAUCUAUGAUGGAGGGUCAGCCAUAUGGCCAUGACUUGGUCACUCCGAUGCAACACUCGAUGUAUGAGGAUGAGCGUGGAAUCUACGGCUCGCUUGAAAUGAGAUGA